AUGCCAACACCUGAACCAAUUGCCACUUCGACACCUAUACAGACACAGACAGCACCUACUUUUACACCAGCACCAAUGCCAGCACCAGCAGCCACAGCAGCCACAACAGCACCAGCAGCCACGACAGCACCAGCAGCCACAGCCACAACAGCACCAGCAGCCACAGCCACAACAGCACUAGUGAUGCCAAUGCCAACUCCUAUCCAGUCAGCACUAGCCUUUGCACCUAGAUUUACACCAGCACCAAAUGCCGUGGCACCAAUGCACCAAUGCACACCAGCACCAAUGCACACACCAGAGCCCACAACAGCACCCAUGCCAAUCCAAGCACCAGUACCAACACCCAUAACAGCACCAGAACCCAUCUCAGCACCCACGUCAAUCCCAUCUAUGCAAAUUCCAACACCAUUAGCGUUGCCGAACCCAGCACCAACAUCAGCACCCACGAAUUUUGCACCACCUAUUGCACCAGUAGCCAUAACAGUACCGACAGCUCUUGAACCAGACUGA